CGUCGCCCCGCAACGCCGCGGCCCGGCCCCGCCGCGGGACAUGGCGCAGCCGCGCACCAACCUGGCAGAGGCCUGUAACUUCGUAGCCCGGGACGCCUGCUGGAAAAGAUAUGUUGAAAGUGAACUAGAAGCUGCAAAAAGAUGGUCUCAAAAAUGGGCAUUCCUGUUAAGACAUCCUGAGGAGUUGAUUGGAGAUGAAAAGAAGGAAAAUACAAAGCCCAAGAUACAGCUUCCAGAACAUCUGCAGGUUCGACCUGUGACACCUGUGGAAAAAUACAUUAAGGUGUUUCCAUCUCCUCCAGUACCUAAGACUACCCAAGGGUUUAUUGGCUGGAGAUCAGCUGUUCCAGGGUUGGAACUUGAACGUGGAUUUCAAAUCCAGAGCUGCAAAGGUGCCUUUUCUAAGGAUCUGAAGUGGCCAUCUGAGCCCUCUGACUGACAGUAAGAAGUAACAAGUACAGAGAUCCAUUCACAUCACUAAGUUAACAUUCUGUAGCAGACUGUUGGACUAUUAAACAUUUAUGCUUUAAAAAACA